UAAUAUACGUAGAUAAUGAACAUUAGCUUUUUGCAAGAUAUAAAUUUGAAAAUUAUACCACGAGUUGGACAUAGUCAGUUCGCAAUGACUAAGUUAGCAAUUAUAGCAUUAUUAGGAUUAUUCCUUCCAGCUUUGGCGUACGUUCCAAAGAUCGUCGGGAUCAAAAGUGCUAUCGGUGGGCAGUUCCCGUAUCAAGUUGCCUUAAAAAUAAAUGGAACUUUCUACUGCGGCGGGUCAAUCGUUUCAAGGAAUUUCGUGUUGACUGCAGCUCACUGUGUUGCUGAUGAUUACAUGAAAGAAUACCCUGCAUCAUUUUUCACCGUCAUUGCUGGCACCAUCGACUAUGAAAAUGGCGGAAUUUCAAAAACUGUCAAAAAGAUCCACAUUCACGAGAACUAUGGUUUGUUCUGGAAUGACGUUGCUCUCAUUGAAUUAAACGAUGCUUUCACUUUUUCCGAUACGAUCCAGCCAGUCGCUCUUGAUGCUUCUGAGCCACCAAUCGGUGCCUCGGUUAUUAUCUCUGGGUGGGGAUGCCUUAGCACUAAAGGGUCCCUUCCAAACGAACUUCAGUAUAGCAAUUUGUCUGUUGCACCCUCCUCUGCUUGUGAUUCCAGCAUUAUCAACUAUGAUGGAUUCGUUUGUUUAACUCACUCUUCUGACAGUGGAGCCUGCCAUGGUAACUCUGGUGGUCCAGCUACUUAUAACGGUAAAAUUAUUGGCAUUGCUAAUUUUGUCUUUGGAGACUGCGGUUCCUCACAUACAGAUGGUUAUGCAUCGAUUUCAUACUUCUACGACUGGAUCAUAGCUAAGAUAAAUUGAAUGCUAUGAUAUGUAUAUAUAAUUGCAUGGAAUUAUUAAAUCGACGGAUUCCGUUUUUCUUUUGAAUUCAA